GUACGAUAGCGUACAACCCACGGGCCUCCCUCUAUAUUAACUUCAUCUAUGUUCCUUUACAUCACCAGGUGAUAUCAUGAGUCAACAACAAUACAAAGACGACUCGGUUACUAAUCACAAAACCAAUGGCCAUGGCGGUCGUUACAAUAAUCCUUACGUCCAGAUUACUACUCCCACAUCAGCUUCUGGGUCGAAGGAUAAGGUUCUUGAUGUGUUUAAUCGUUGUGGGAAGAAAGCAGAGAACGUAACUCGCAAAGCGGAAGCAUUAGCCUUCGGUUUAAAAGACCACCUGACGUUUAGUCCUAGCAUAAGUGAUGCAGCAAUGGCUAGGCUUACUCAAGGCACUAAGAUGAUCGUUGAAGGAGGACCAGGGAGAGUGUUUCGGCGAGAGUUUGGUGUUUUAGCCGCAGAGAAACUCUUAGAUUCGUUUGUUUGCUACAUAUCAACCACUUCAGGACCAGUGACUGGAAUUUUAUACGUGUCCAACAGAAGGAUAGCUUUCUGUAGCGACUAUGCCAUUCGGCUUCCUCCUUCUGCCGGUGGAAAUGGUGUUGUUCCGACAUAUUACAAGGUGGUGAUGGAGUUGGAGAAGAUAAGUAGCAUUAGUUCAUCAUCGAACGUGUUAAAGCCAAGUGAGAGGUAUGUGCAUAUGGUGACACGAGAUGGGUUUGAGUUUUGGUUCAUGGGCUUUGUCUCCUACAUCGAUGCUUUCAAUUGUCUCAACAAAGCUCACCGCAAUUCCCACACUAAUCAUGUCUUGUAAUCAAAUUCUAGUAUCACGAAUAAUUCUUUCUUGACCAAUCAUAAAACUUGUAAGCAUUCGGUUGUCAUGGACUCUGUCUAGUAAUUAAGAAAACUUUGGGUUUGGGAUAUCAGUAAAGGGUAUGUAGUAAAAACCCUACUCUCUACAUUAAUCAUACUUAAAAAAGAAAAAACGAUUGAGUUUGUAAAUGACUUAGAGAUACAGUUACAAAUAUGUUUUCAAAUAAUUAAGGAUUUUCUUAUUUACCA